AUGGAAUCAUCCAACGACACGGACCUCGUUAGCUUUGCGUUCAGUAGCCCUGCGCCAUUUGAUUCCCAUAAACCAAUAUUCAUCGACGGCCAGAAUCCCUCACGCGCGUUCAAUGCAACACAGUUUCGGCUGUUGGUGCGAUCGCUGAUCGCUGGGCUCCAGGCUCAUCAUGUCCAACGAGGUGACUGUGUCUUGGUGGCGUUGGAGAACAGUGUUAUCCACUCUGCCAUGUUCUUCGGCAUCGUCGGUGCUGGGGGUGUGUAUAUGGGCUGCGACAUGGGUAUUCCUGCCCAUGAACUCAACUAUCUGCUCGAGCUGGCCGAGCCUCGGCUUAUCGUCACCUCCCCCGAAGCUCUCGCGAAAAUAUUGGAGAUUGGCAGCCUGAAGGGGCUUUCCGCGGAUCGAGUGUGCUUGGUGGAUGAGGGCUCUAUUGACAUCAUCGUUCAAUUUGCCCAAGUUCCGCUAGAGCAAGAUGGGUCCCGGUUGACUGCACCCAAUUCAUCCAUCCGGCUGGAAAGCCUUCUUCAGUACGGCGAGUCCGACUGGGUUCGUUUCACAGAUGUUGAGGAGAGCAAGUCUACUCCCGCCGCCAUGUUUCUGACCAGUGGCACUAGCGGACUGCCCAAAGCUGCGAUCCGCACCCAUCACGCCAUCAUCUCACACCACCUGAGUGUCCAUUACGACGUUCCCUAUCCUGUUGUCCGCUUGAUGGCACUACCCAUGUACCACUCCUUUGGUGACUUCUGGACCAAUAUCUUUCCCGUCCGGUAUGGCGAGCCGUUGUACGUUCUUCCACGCUUCGAGAUUUCAAGCUUUCUAGACACUGUUGCUCAACAUGGCAUUACGGAGACGUACAUGGUGCCCGCUAUGGUCCACAUUUUGAACCAAUCGUCGUUUCCCGUGAGAGAGAGCCUGUCGUCUUUGCGCUAUGUCGGCGUGUCCGGCGCUCCUAUCGACGGGGAUUCCAUGCAGCGGUUCCAGCGCCUGCUUUCACCAGAUGCUGUGGCUGGAAAUUUAUGGGGUAUGACAGAGGUAGGCGUCGUAUUCCAGAAUCGGUACGGGGAGACACCACAAUUUGGCAGCGUCGGCCGCCUGUUGUCUGGGUACGAGCUGCGCUUCGUGGAUCCCAGCACGGGAGAGGAUGUCGGUGGACAGCCGGAGUCUCCUGGAGAACUGUAUGUCCGCGGACCAGGGCUUUUCUUAGGCUACAAAGGGCGGACCGAUGCCAAAGAUGACCAAGGAUGGUUCCAGACCGGGGAUAUGGUCUAUUCCCGGGACGGAUACUACCACAUCAUGGGGCGUACGAAGGAUCUCAUCAAAGUGCGAGGGUGGUCGGUUGCACCCGCCGAGAUCGAAGGCAUUCUCUUGAAAGAUAGCCGCAUCAAGGAUGCUGCUGUAAUCGGAGUGAUGCUCGCGGAUGGUAGCAGCGAGGUUCCCCGAGCCUAUGUGGUGCGCGCCAACCCGUCCUCCGAACCGACGGGAGAUGAAGUCGCGGCACUGGUCCAAUGCCAUUUGGCCAGUUACAAAGCCCUGGAUGGCGGAGUGAUCUUUGUGGAUGAAAUACCCCGGACUGGGAUCGGAAAGCCCCAUCGCGUCAAGCUUUCCCGGCUGGACCGCCAGCGGGACGACCUGAUCUCCCUUCUGCGUCUAUCUGUCCCAGCAGUCUGA